AUGCUUGGACGACUGGUUCCUUUCUUGAAGGACCACGCGAGCGCCUCUACUGCUCUUGCGGCGGGCGUGGCAUCCCUUCUCAUCGUCUGGUACUUCCGGCGCUCGAAGCAUGCGCUUCCUCCUGGACCAACCCAACUUUCCGUUCUCGUGAAUACCUUUCGUAUGCGAGCAACUCCUUGGUUGCAGUUCACCACGUGGCAGAAGGAAUACGGGAACCUUUACUACUUCGAGGUGCUAGGUCAAGGCUACAUGGUUCUUGGAAGCCGUCAAUGCGCUAUAGACUUGCUGGACCGUCGCGCGAGCCUAUAUUCGGACCGGCCACGUUUGAUCAUGGCAUCGGAGUUCAUGUCUCGCUCACUUCUCUUCCCCUUUUCUGUGAAUGACGAUAGGUGGCAUCGUAUGAGAAAGGCAGCUUCUGUGGGCCUGAGUCGAAACGCCGUGAAGGAGUUCCACGGUCGCCAGAUCGCCGAAGCAUGUUUACUCGCCAGGGCGGGCUUGCGCGAUCCAGCCUUAUGGGAUCGGCACAUCCGGCGCGCUACGGCAAGCACUAUGCUGACAUGUGUCUAUAACGAAUCACCACUAACCGACGAAAAUGACGGGCGCAUCGACGACAUCAACGACUUCGGGGGACGCCGCGUGGUAGCUGCGACUCCAGGGUCUCAUCUCGUCGAAGUAUUACCCUGGAUCGCCCACAUGCCAGCCGCAAUUGCUUCUUGGAAACGAAAGGCCCAAAUGGGGUUCAUCAAGGACAACGAGAUGCUCUGUCGCCUUUUUGAGCGCGCUCUGUCCCUCUCUGAAGGAGGGGUUUCGUCAUGCUCAAUAUUGACAAGUCAUGCAGAAGACUAUGGUAUGACCAUGGAGGAGAAUGCUUGGGUUGCAGGAGCUCUGUACGGAGGAGGCACCGAGACCACCCAUGCAAUAUUGACUUGGUGGUCGCUGGCUAUGCUGGCAUAUCCGGAUAUCCAAAGGCAAGCCCAAGCGGAGCUUGACCGUGUGGUCGGACGCAUGCGCGCCCCCACCUUUGCCGACCUCCCUUCGUUACCUUACAUUGAAGCCAUGGUCAAAGAGGCCAUACGCUGGUCCUGCGCAACACCUUUAGGCGUACCUCAUCGGAGUACCGAAGACGACCACUACAAUGAUUAUUUCGUUCCAAAAGGCACUAUCGUGAUCCCGAACAUCUGGAAGCUUCACCGAGAGCCAACCGUGUAUGGCGCGGAUAGCGAUGAGUUCGACCCUAAGCGCUUUCUUCGCGGCUCGAGGACACCGGAUAGCGCAUCGAGUGCACGUGAAAUCAGUCAUCUAGGUUACGGUUUCGGUAGAAGAGUAUGCGUUGGAAGAUAUAUGGCCGAUAAUACCCUCUUCAUCAACAUCGCGACGUGCCUCUGGGCGCUAUCAAUGUCCAAUCCCGCUGGACAAGAGCUCGACGUCGAACAAUACAUCAGUGAAGGCCUUGUGAUCCUCCCAAAGCCAUUUGCUAUCGACACUGAGCCGCGGUUUCCAGAGGUUCCGUCCCUGCUUCCAAGGGAAUGUGAAUUGCGCAGUGUCUGA